AUGGAAAAAACCAGCCACAACUUGAGGAGAUAUCGGGUGCGUGAAGCAUGUGAUGAAGCAAAUGGUCAAAUGAUUGUUGGUUUAGAAGAAUCAUGGUUGUUAAACAAAGAAAAUGAAAACGAAGAUUUAAAUGCAAGAAGAACUGUCAGUGAAAAAGCAUUAUCCUAUUUGCCGUUAAGCCAUAGCAGUAAUGAGAAUAAAGAUGAAAGCGGUUACGGUGAAAAGAAUCAAUCAGAAAUGGAGGAAAAUUUGGGUAUGCUGGACGUGUGA